CAAAGUACUAAACAAAACAUGGACAGUUCUCUGGCUAAGCUUGGUUUCUUUUUCCUCCUCUUGGCAUUUGCUUCAUUAGGUGCAAAGGCUGAAUUAGAACAUCCAAACGCAGCAGAAACCAAUAAGUUGGAUAAACGAGCAUGCCUAUCUAAUGUGGAGUGUGGUAACGGUUUGUGUGUUAACCGUUUCUGUGAUUAUAGAUCUGACUUCAAAGAAAAAGGGUUGAAGUUUGAAGCUAAAGAUCCAAACGCAGAAAUUGAUAUAGUUCUUUCUUGUGAGAGUGAACGCAAUUGCCCUCCUGGCUGCCGUUGCUUUAACGCUCGAUGUGAGUGCCAUCAUGCCAAUUGAUAUGGCCAUGUUGUUCUAGUUGCUGGCUUUGCUCUUUUUUUAUUAAAAGAGAAAAAUCAAAUAAAAUGUAUUAGCCAGUUUUCUGUCUAAGAAUUCAGCAAAUAAUCUAUCUUAAAUUAAAUUAAAAAUGAUAUUCUGUUUAAUGUAAUUCAUAUGCUA